AUGGCCCAUAAAUCUAGCGACCCAUCGAUAAGGCCCAAUUAUUCAUGGUCCGAUCCUAAUAUCAGUAUUCUUGUUGGAUCAUGGGUCUCAGGCCGAAAGAUUUAUGAUCGGACGGCCACGACAGAGUCGUGCCUUACAACAUCGAUUCCUCGGGCAAAUAUAUUACCCGAUCGCCUUCCGUACACCAAUCUCCGAGAAUUUCACGAGAGCCCAGGAUCCAACUUCGGGAAGAAGAUCAUACCAUCCGGAGAGAAAAUGCCGAGGCUGUUCGACCCGUGGCCAGUUUUCUUCAAGCGAGAAUGGAAUCGCAACUGGCCGUUCCUUGUCGGUUUCGCCGUCACCGGGACCAUCAUCACCAAGCUCUCCCUCGGCCUAACUGGUAGGAGGACGCCAAGAAUUCCAAGUUCGUCCAGAGGCACAAGAGCAUAGUCAUGUAUCCCCAAGCCGGAGUCACAAGCUGGAUUGGAUUGCAUUGAAUGCCAAUUAGAAGCAAAUCGGCGUUCAAUGAUCUUGAUUACUGUUCAAACGAUCCUACAGCAUUCUACUCUUCUUUAUUCUUGUCUCCAUAGAGACUCUAAGAGUCUAUACUCCUACAGCAUGAGGUUUAGUUUACUGAGUUCUGCUACACCAUUGAUUUAUUUUGUUCAUAUGGUUAAUGCAUUGGUGACAUGUAUGAUGUAUCCUCUGCUUAUAGUGUGCAUAUUCUCUUACUCGUGGUAAUGAAUUGAACUUUGUGAGACGUGGAAGAGGUUGCUUUGUUUGAUAGUCUGAGGCGUUGAUCUCCUCAGAUUUGCUUUGGCUGGGGAACUAAAUCACUUUGAUAUUAUAUUGUGUUUUGAUUUGUUUUGCAGCUAAAUGAAUCUCCUGCAGUGCUCUGUUGCCGCCGGUUGACUGAAGGGAGAAGCACUCUAGUUUUACUUGGUUCAUAAUAACAUGAGAGAUUUUCUGAAACUCCAGUUGUGAUUAUGUUUUCAGCUACUGCUGGACUCGAAAUGAAUAGAACAGAACAUCAAAGUCGAUUUCUUUCUAGACCUCUUGAUCAGAGCCUGAUUAUUCUGGAAAAUACGAGAUUUUGGGACAACUGAAGUAUAUUGGCAUCAAUACUAGAUGGUCCCAAACUUUUGUUACAUAAUUGUUUCUUAAUUUUCUGGACCUGUGGCUAUGUGUGAAUCUUGAAGCUUGAGCAAGAAACAUAGCACGAUAAUAUCAACCCUUGGCCACUGUGCUCCGAGUCCGAGCCAUGGCAAAGCUGACAUGUUCUUGUGCAAUACACGUUGGACAUUUGCCCAAGGAACUAUGCUUGAACUCUAGCAAGUGCAGACUGAUACAAUGUAAUUAUGUAAUAUGUAAGCUGGUAUCAUGAAGGAGAAGAGAAAAGAGC